AUGGCUGGACAGGUGUGUGUGGUAACCGGGGGUCGCGGUUUCGUGGGUCGCUGGCUGGUUCGCAAGCUGUUAGCGACGGGCGAAUGGAGCACGGUGCGAGUGGUGGACAUGGCGCCCGAGCUCCGGCUCACGGACGACGAGGCCAACGGCGAGGGCGAGGCGGGGCUCGUGAGGGAUUCGGCGCGCAGCGGCCAGCUCGAGUACAUCUCUGGGAAUGUCUGCGAUCGGACGGCCAUGGUUAACGGCACGAAGAAUGUGAUUGCAGCGUGCCAGGAGGCUGGCGUGCGUCGUCUUAUCUUCACCAGCUCCGCCAGCGUCGUGUUCGACGGGCGGCACGACAUCAAGAAUGGGGAUGAGUCGCUGCCGUAUGCUGGCAAGGCUACUAACGCGUAUGGCGAGACCAAGGCGCAGGCAGAGGCCAUAGCCAUAGCCGCAAACGCCCAAGGAGGGCUGCUGACGUGCGCCCUGCGCCCCAGCAACAUCUUCGGCCCUGGGGACCCUGAUCUUGUUCCCAUCACCAUUAAGAACGCUCAGAGGGGCAAACUCAAGUUCAUAGUAGGCGAUGGGGAGAACAUGUCGGAUUGGACGUACGUUGAGAACGUGGUGCACGCGCAUAUCUGUGCUGAGAAGGCUCUUAGCGAGUACAAGGGCGACCCCACCAGUCACGACUCGCCAGCUGGCAAGUCCCGUCCCACCUUCCCCUCCCACUACUUGUCCCCAGUCCCGUCCCACCUUCCCGCUCGCCCCACUUCCCCUCCCACUACUUGUCCCCAGUCCCGUCCCACCUUCCCGCUCGCCCCACUUCCCCUCCCACUACUUGUCCCCACUCUCACCCCUCCCGCCCCCGCGUAUUUCAUCACCAACGCUGAUCCCAGGCGAUUCUGGGACUUCAUUUUUGCCAUUGCGGGGGGCUUUGGCUACAGCAGCAAGCCCAUAGCCAAGCUCCCAGCAGACAUCCUCAUUCCACUGGCAGGGGGAGUGGAGGCCGUUACAAAGGCCCUGGCCCCUCUGGGUGUGCCGCCCUCUGAUUUCACUCCUGCCCGUCUGCUCCUUGCCACCCGCUGGAGAACCUUUUCACCUGCCCGGGCGGGCAGGCUGAUUGGCUACAAGCCAAUCGUUUCAGUUGAUGAAGGCCUGCAGCGCACAAUAGCAUCGUACCCGCACCUGCAACGCACCUCCUACGAGAAGGAAAAGGCAGCCGAGGCAGCAGCAGCACGAGCAGCGUUCCGAGAGCGCUCCUCCGUGCACAAAGCACUGGGAGGAGGCCUAGUGGCGGACCUGCUGCUGUGGCAGGACGUGAAACUGUCUCUCCUGGCCAUGCUGCUCGCGUGGAUGGUGCUGCGCUGGGCUCUUGGGAGGGUGGGGGGCACGCCUGUCCUGUCGCUGGUUGCGACAGCUGUCAUGGGGUUCCUCCUGCAUGCUGCCGUGCUGCACCGCAUUGCUCCCAUUGCAAAGAGGUUCCGCCUGCCUCUACCUGACAUGGCGGCUGUUGAGUGGCGCAUUCCGGAGAAGCCAGUGGUGGAGGCGAGCCAAUGGGUGGCUGCCACGUGGAAUGGCUCUGUGGCCGCUCUGCAGGAGAAGCUGCUAGUGGAGAGGGACUGGAUUACUGCCGGCAAGGUGUUGGUGGUGCUGACUGCGCUUCAACUCCUCUCCUCUUUCAUCACUGAUUACUCGCUUUCCUUCCUGGCCCUGCUGGCAGUGUUUGUAAUUCCCUCAGUGCUUGACAAGAGGCAAGGAAGCAACGCAGCAACCUCCACCAGUCAAGGAAACCAAGCAUCAAACUCGAGUGUAGCCACAUCAUAA